GGUAAAUGGGGAAAUUUUCCGUAUAAACAUCUGCCAUAUAGGCCCUGCAAGUGAAAGAUUCUACCUGUUAGAUGUGGUAUAUAUAACUGGAAGACAAUGUCUGUUCUUCAGUAUUGCCUAGCAGUGUCUGUGAAGCGUUUCAAGCGCUCUAAAUCGAAUACACAUAUUACUAAGAUGGCUCCGCGUGAAAAAGUUGAAUUCGUUUUAGUUCGCCUGUCGUAUGUGCCAUAUAUCCAUCCUUUAUAUCCACGCAUCAGCUAUCAAAUUAGAAAACACCCUCCAACAGGGUCAGUUGUACAAGUCCGUGAUUGGUUCGAGCAUGUAAUGCAAAGAGAACAUUCGAAACUUCCACCUGGUGUUAAUCUGCGCUACUCCGAGUGGCGCAUUAUCACCGGGGACGUGGAUCUCUUCAAGGUGGCGGGCUGUCGCUUCGACAAGAUCAUGUUGGUGCUCGGCGAGGAGAACAUAUCAUGGGUGUUCUAUCAAAAUAUGCCACUACAUCGACGCAUCGAGGGAAGUGCUUGCUUACCAGUGAGCUACUGCGGCUGCUGCCUCAAUAAUCAGUACUUGGAUAUAAUGAAGACGAUUAAGCAAACUCUGUCGAGAACGAAAUUGCGAUAAAAUAAAAUAAAAUCAUUGAA